UAUCUCAUAAAGUGUGUAUGACUGGACACGAAACAUUUUUCUAAAUAAAUACAAGAAGCAAGAACAAAGGGAGAAUCAUUCUUCAUUCGUUUGUGUUGGUUUAGUUUUUAUUCUUUUUUCAUUUGUGCUUAUACAAACCACAAAAAAAAGCAAUGAGAGCAACACAUUUUGUGUUUGUUUUGGUUUGGUUCCUUGGUGUUUAUUUGCCUACUUAUUUUUGUGUCAAUGUUACUUAUGAUCAUAGAGCAUUGCUCAUUGAUGGCAAACGCAAGGUUUUUAUCUCUGGUUCCAUUCAUUACCCUCGUAGCACUCCACAGAUGUGGCCAGACCUUAUUCAAAAAUCAAAAGAUGGAGGAGUUGACGUGAUUGAGACUUAUGUUUUCUGGAACUUACAUGAACCGGUUCAAGGCCAGUAUCAUUUUCAAGGCAGAAGGGAUUUGGUUGGAUUUGUGAAGGCAGUAGCAGCAGCAGGUCUAUAUGUGCAUCUACGGAUCGGUCCUUAUGCAUGUGCUGAAUGGAAUUACGGUGGUUUCCCUCUUUGGUUGCAUUUUAUUCCUGGAAUUCAGUUCAGAACUGAUAAUGAACCAUUCAAGGCAGAAAUGAAGCGGUUUACCAAUAAGAUUGUCCAAAUGAUGAAGAAAGAGAAUCUCUAUGCAUCACAAGGAGGACCUAUUAUUUUAUCUCAGAUUGAAAAUGAGUAUGGAAACAUUGAUAGGGAUUAUGGUCCUGCUGCUAAAACUUACAUUGAUUGGGCAGCAUCAAUGGCUACAUCUCUUCAAACAGGGGUCCCCUGGGUUAUGUGCCAGCAGGCAGAUGCACCUGAUCCAAUUAUAAACACGUGCAACAGCUUUUACUGCGAUCAAUUCACACCAAACUCUGACAAUAAACCGAAAAUGUUUACUGAGAAUUGGAGUGGAUGGUUUCUUGCAUUUGGAGGUGCCACUCCUUACAGACCAGUGGAAGAUCUUGCAUUUUCCGUGGCGCGCUUUUUUCAGCGGGGUGGUACUUUUAAUAAUUACUACAUGUACCAUGGAGGAACUAACUUUGGCCGCACAAGCGGUGGACCUUUCAUUUCUACUAGUUAUGAUUAUGAUUCACCCAUUGAUGAGUAUGGAAUUAUUAGACAACCCAAAUGGGGCCAUCUUAAAGAAUUGCACAAGGCCAUAAAGCUUUGUGAAGAAGCACUAAUAGCUACAGAUCCAAACAUUACAUCUCCUGGUCCAAAUAUAGAGAUUGCAACUUACAAGACAGGAGAUGUAUGUGCUGCCUUCCUUGCCAACAUCGACACAUCGGAUGCAAAUGUUACCUUCGACGGCAAUUCAUAUUACUUGCCUGGAUGGUCUGUGAGCACCUUACCGGACUGCAAGAAUGUUGUAUUUAAUACUGCAAAGAUUAAUUCUGCAUCUACGAUUUCAAGCUUCACAGCUGAAUCUUUAAAAGAGGUUGAUUCUUUGGACGGUUCAAGUUCAGGCUGGAGUUGGAUUAGUGAACCGGUUGGUAUUUCAAAGAAUGAUGCAUUCUCAAAACCUGGACUACUGGAGCAAAUAAAUACAACCGCUGAUAAAAGCGACUACUUGUGGUACUCAUUAAGCAUUAAUGUUGAAGAUAAUGUUGGUGCUCAAACUGUCCUUCACAUUGAGUCGCUUGGCCAUGCCCUUCAUGCUUUUAUAAAUGGGAAGCGUGCAGGGAGUGGAGCAGGAAACAGUGGAAAUGCUAGUGUCAAUGUGGACAUUCCCAUUACACUUGUAGUUGGAAAUAACACAAUUGAUCUUCUGAGUUUAACAGUGGGAUUACAGAAUUAUGGAGCAUUUUUCGACACAAGGGGUGCGGGGAUCACUGGUCCAGUAACAUUGAAAGGUUUGAAAAAUGGCAGUACCAUCGAUCUCUCCUCACAAACGUGGACAUAUCAGGUUGGCUUUAAAGGUGAUGGUUUAGGUUUGGUUAGUGGAAGGGUUGGACAGUGGAAUUCACAAUCAACAUUGCCUACAAAUCAGCCUUUGACUUGGUACAAGACGAACUUUGCUGCUCCCUCGGGCACGAACCCAGUUGCAAUUGACUUCACGGGGAUGGGAAAAGGCGAAGCUUGGGUGAACGGGCAAAGCAUUGGGCGGUACUGGCCUACAUAUGCCGCUCCAAGUUCUGGUUGUACCGACUCAUGUGAUUAUAGAGGACCGUAUGAUUCAGGCAAAUGUCUAAAGAACUGUGGAAAACCAUCACAGACAUUAUAUCAUGUACCGCGAUCAUGGUUGAAACCAGACAACAACACUCUUGUUUUGUUUGAGGAAAGCGGAGGCGACCCUACAAAAAUCUCUAUAGCUACAAAACAGAUAGAAAGUGUUUGCUCACACGUAUCUGAAUCUCACCCUCCACCUGUAAGCAUGUGGAAUUUAGAUACAGAAUCAGGAACAGAAGUAGGUCCUGUAUUGUCACUGGAGUGUCCUUCUCCUAAUCAAGUGAUAACUUCCAUUAAAUUUGCGAGCUAUGGAACGCCGCAAGGGACUUGUGGAAACUUCAACCACGGACGUUGCAGCAGCAAUGGUGCUCUAUCCAUUGUACAGAAGGCCUGCAUUGGAUCAAGCAGUUGUAGCAUUGGAGUAUCAAUUAAUACAUUUGGAAAUCCGUGUAGAGGAGUAACAAAGAGUUUAGCCGUUGAAGCUGCUUGUACAUAGACAUGUCUGCUUCUAGCCUUUGUACUACCUACAUAGGGUUCAUCUUAUAGAUCAAGAUGAUUCCUGAUUAGCCUAAGUUAUAGUCAAGAUGGUAUUAUAGUUGUAAACCAGGGGGAGUAAAAAAACAGUGCAUUGUUGAUUGCAAAAAAAAAAAUAUUUGAAAGAAGAAAAAGUGGUCUCUAAUGCCUGUGUUAUGGUAGUAUUUUUACAUGAGAGUUUGGUUUCUAACUCACAAGACAAAAAGUUGUUCUCAAUUCUCACUCAUCAAAGGAACAAGCAAAUGGAUUAUUUCUUAUAA